GAACGACAAGUGACACUCAGUAUAUAUAAUUUUUGACAAGUAGUUCAUUUGUUUCAUCAUGGCUGCGGUCCUAAUUUUAAGUAAUAUAAACACAAAAUUCCGUAUUUUACAUUUAAAACGAUCAUUUAGCUAUAGGAAUUUCUCGUAUUUACACUCAAAACGAAAAAUCUUAAACUCGUUCACACCGUCAACAUACCAAAUCCAGAAGUCUAGCACUAUUCACAAGAAAUGCAAACAAGAGCGACCAAGUAUUGGAGGAAGCAUUUUAGCAUUGGCUUUAAAAAAAGUACCGCAAGCCGCUCCAAAAAGUCAGCUAGUGCGAGGAUGUUUCCACCCAGGAGCUUCAAUAAUCUCAAGGGACACACUGCCCUUGGACAGCCAGAAAGUCACUGGUACACAAAUGAUACAAGCUAUGCUACAAUAUAUUUGGCCAAAAAAUGAUCAACAAAUACGAGACAGGGUGAAACUCUCGGUAGCCUUGUUGGUUAGUGCUAAAAUCGUUAACGUUAGUGUACCCUUUUUGUUCAAAUAUGUUGUGGAUUAUUUGAAUGCUAAUGCAGCAUUGAACAUGGAGAGUGCACCCUCUACUGUGGCCACUGUGGCAACGAGUCUGCUACUAGGAUAUGGUAUUGCAAGGGCAGGGGCUGCUGGGUUUAAUGAAUUAAGAAAUGCAGUAUUUGCAAAGGUUGCCCAACAUUCUAUAAGGAAAAUAGCAAAGAAUGUGUUUCUACAUUUACACAAUUUAGAUUUAAAUUUCCAUUUGCAAAGGCAAACAGGGGCAUUAUCAAAGACCAUUGAUAGAGGUUCUAGAGGCAUAAAUUUUGUUCUUUCUGCUAUGGUUUUCAAUGUGGUACCAACAAUAUUUGAGUUAACAAUGGUCUCUACCAUUUUGUGGCUUAACUGUGGAGGCUCAUUUGCUGGUAUUGCACUGGGUUGUGUAGGUAUUUAUACUGUAUAUACAUUAGCUGUUACCCAGUGGAGGACUAAGUUUAGAGUAUAUAUGAAUCAAGCUGAGAAUGAAGCUGGAAACAAAGCUAUUGAUUCUUUGAUCAAUUAUGAAACUGUUAAGUAUUUUAAUAAUGAGAAAUAUGAAGCAGAGAAAUAUGAUGUUAGCUUGAAGAAAUAUGAAGAUGCUAGUUUGAAGACAAGUUCUAGCCUUGCUUUGUUGAACUUUGGACAAAAUGCUGUUUUCAGUGCUGCCAUGAGUGCUAUAAUGAUAUUAGCAUCUAGAGAAAUUUUACAAGGAAAUAUGACUGUAGGAGAUUUAGUGAUGGUAAAUGGACUGCUGUUUCAAUUAUCAAUUCCUUUAGGAUUUUUAGGUAGUGUCUACAGAGAGGUAAGACAGGCUUUGAUUGACAUGCAGACAAUGUUUACUUUGAUGACGAUGGAUAGUGCUAUUAAGAGUAAACCAAAUGCCCCUUACCUGCAUGUAGAUACAAAAAAAUCAGAUAUAAAAUUCGAAAAUCUCGCAUUUGAAUACGGGCCUGGAAAAGAGAUAUUCAGGGAUUUGAAUUUGACAAUACCACCUGGCAAAAAAGUAGCUAUAGUUGGUGGAUCUGGAUCAGGUAAAUCGACGUUAGUCCGCCUUUUAUACCGCUUCUACGAACCAAAUGCGGGAAGAAUCCUUAUUGGCAAUCAAGAUAUCCGUGAGGUUGACAUUGAAAGCUUAAGACGAUCAAUUGCUAUUGUACCACAGGACAGCGUUUUAUUCCAUGAUACUAUAAAACAUAAUUUACACUAUGGUGAUCUCAACGCUAGUGAAGAUGAUGUUAUAAGAGCCGCGAAGAUGGCUGAAAUACAUGAUUCUAUCAUACAUUGGCCCAAAGGAUAUGAGACACAAGUUGGUGAAAGGGGUUUGAAGCUAAGUGGCGGUGAAAAACAAAGAGUAGCAAUUGCUAGAGCUAUACUGAAGAAUUCUCCUAUUUUAAUAUUUGAUGAAGCAACUAGUUCAUUGGACUCCAUUACAGAAGCUAAUAUUCUGAAAGCUUUAAAAAACGCAACGCAAGGUCGUACCAGCAUUUGCAUAGCCCACCGUCUGAGUACCAUCAUGGACGCAGAUGAAAUCUACGUUCUGGAACACGGUGCAAUCGUGGAUAGAGGAUCGCACAAUUCUCUCCUUCAGAAUCCGAAUGGACUGUACUAUAAGCUGUGGCAUACCCAGAAUCAUUCGAGGAGUAUACCGAUUGUUGAGCCAAAGAAAUCGCCACUUUUGGAGAAAUGAUAUAGAAAGGAGUAAAUAUGUGUAUGUGAUUAGCUAAAAUGUCAUCUGAUGACGCGCAAUGAUUCCGUUGGCCUGGUAUCAUACUCAGGAUUUUAGAUAAUCUUUAAAAUAAAACCUGCAGAUGAUGAGGUGAACAUCGCCAAUAAAUGUUUUUUCAAGAUCUUGAAGUACAAGGGUGAUUUCAAAAGUAAAGUAUCUCAAUUUCUUGGCGGGACGCUUCCAACACCGAUAAUCUACGUACGUUUUAGACAUACCAGUAUUUCACGCAUGUAUAUCUCCAUAUAUUUAUUUGUUCUUCAAGAGACAAAACAAACGAAAAAAAGAUUUGGUCUGUGGAGGCUGAUCAUAUGCGCCCGCAUAAAUUUUUGUCAGGGGGCUGAUUAGACAUGGCAAGAGGAAACAUUUUAUAUAUUAUGAUAUGUAUAGGUUCCAAAUAUUUUUUGGGGAGCGGGAGUAGCAAAUCUGAUCAGGGGGGGGGCGAAAUCUUUAACAUGCAGGCAGUCAGAUUUUCGGAGCGGGGGAGAAUACCAAAGCUUGGAGCUGGAGAUCAUUGGUAUGGUCCUAUUUUACCGACUUAGUUCAUUGAAUACAUGUUCUUGGUUAAUUUCAUUCUAAACUUAUGCCGAACAUAAUCUUUUUAGGAACUUAUGACAGUGUUGCUCGGGAAGUGCAGAGUCAACCUACUUGACGCCAUUUUUUAAGAACAGUAAUCAUGUAUUUCCAAUAAUUGAUAUAUCAUUAUAGAGCUUAAACAUCAGUCUAUUUUUCUACAUAAUCGCCAUUUCGGAGUAGAAAGCACGGAACUUUGUCGUCGAAAUUAUAGGAAAUAAGUAGUUUCUGUAUUUUUAACAGAAUAGGGGACCUUACUUUUGAAUUAUCCUCGUAGGAUGAAGAAGCAAAUUGCUGAAAAAAUUAUUUCAAACUCGGCAGUAACAAAUAUCUCAAUUACUUUUUGAGACGUUCAUUUUACAAUGUAUGAAAUUUGUUUAGUGAUUCAUUGCAUUUUAUCUGGCGAAUAUUUGAAGCAGAGUCAAUUGAAAGGAACUCAUUAACAUUGCAGUUGCCUUUUAUGACAUACACAAAUAGCGAUAUUACAACUUAUUUGAUGUAUCUUUCGCGUCGUAGGCUACCAAGAGUAUUAAUCUAAUUACGAGCUUUUUCUUUUGCAAUGUCCACUUUGAAAAACAGAGAGGAACAUUUCAAGUUUCCUUUUCUUCUAAAAAUAUGGUUUCAGUUUUCUGGCCAGGUAGAAUACAAUGAAACAUUGUUUUUUCAAUCAUAGAUAAGGAAAUUUUGUUUUACCAAUGAAUUCAGGAUACAUAAUGUAACCUUUCAGUUAUAAAAAAGAAUUUAUUUUGUACUAGUCCUCUUUGUUAUUUACAGGGAUUCAAGCUACAUUUUAUUUAUGUUGAUAUGUACAUAACUUUAUUUAUUUUUUAAAUAAAACUAGAAA